CUCUAUGCUUCAGUGGCAAGUCGAUCGUCCUUGGGGGAGACCAACCCCCCCCUUCCUUUCCGAUCAUUAAAGUGCCACAUUCGAUAGUCUCCGCUGACGUCUUAAAAAGGAAAUGACGAUUCCUUGAGGCCGGGAGCUUUUUUUUGGGUAACAACAUUAGCCUACAUCCCACUUUCCGUGGACUGUGACUUCGACUGAUUUCCUGGCGGGGACAUACAAACGGUUAUAGUGCUCUCAGGCCUCAAGAGGCUAACCUGGUAUCAGGUUGACACCCCACUGCGGAAUUAAUCCUUGUCAUCCCCAGAGUCUGGAUUUGCAAGGGGGCCAUUGAGUCGACAGACUCCGGAUCGCGCGCAGCCCCACUCGAAUGCGGCACACAGACUUUCAAGCUUUUGCCCGAUAGAUCUUUAAGCCAACUUGAACACUUUGGACCCUCUUUUUUCUCUCGCUGUCAAGCAAUCUCGUGUAUGCGGCCUUCCAGCCGUUCGAAAGGAACAACGAGUGCAUCGACGUCUCGACGUCCAUCUGUCACUCGAGAUGAUUCUUCUGGAGCUGGACCAUCGAGGCUCGAGCCUUAUUCGGAACAAAAGGGCAGAAUGGCGUGGGGGGACAUGUAUGCUAUGUCCAGGGGAACGUUUGCAGGUACCUCCAUAAGGCACUGCUUGGAAUUGUGUCAAGAGCCAACGCAUGGACGCAGAAGGACAGACAAGGACAGACGGCCCUUGGCGCAUUGUCCAAUAUUGAGACUCCGGAUCUACAGCUGUUUUAAAACUCCCAGUGGGGAUUGGACAGAAUCUGCCAUCGACUUGACGUCCGUCGAGUGUACAAGCUACGUUUGUGCUUCAGAUCUCCUGCCGGAUCGUUCCACGACUCCCGUUCUUCCGACCCCUGCAACUUCAUCUACAAUCUACGCAGCACCCGUUGCGCAACCUGCGCGAGCUGAAACUAUUUUGGACACUGGCCAAUCCACUCCCAUCAGUCAUGGGACAUCUUCCAGCCGUCGAUCUUCUCUAGCUCACCUCAUGUCCGCUUCUGCGCCACCGAGAGGACCGCCGAUUUUACCGACGGAUCUCGAUACAGUUCCCGGCCCCAGCUCAUUAUCCCACGUCCCACACUUCCCCUCCCAAACCGCUCCUCCAAUCCUCCAGAACACCUCUCAGGGCAAGCAAAGAGAGCGAGAGCGUAGCAGUGGCUCUUCCCCCAAUUCUGAUGACCCCGCCGCGGCGAAAAAACUCCGUGGUGCCGAGGAGCGCAAUUUGUUUGGCUCGCUGCACGUCUCGGCCAUAAAAGUUCCUGCUCCGGAUGGCGAAUGCGGCGUGUGGUUCCUCUUCAAUGACUUGACCGUACGGCUUGAGGGAGUGUAUCAACUGCGCCUUCGUGUCUACGACCUGUCGACCAUCGCAGGGUAUUCUGGCCAGCACGUCCAACCAUUGGUCGAGAUCCUGACCAGUCCGUUUGUAGUGCAUUCCCCUAGAGCAUUUCCUGGUGUGCCUCCCACAACUCCAUUAAUCGAACACUUUACUUCCAUGGGCUUCAAAUUGACUUCUCGAAAGAACGAGAAACAAGCACGUCAACAAAGCCAACCUAAGCUGUCUCGUAAGACAACACCGGAGCGACCGGACCCUCAUCCAGUCCAACCUGACGCCUGCCGGCAUCCCUCCCAACGCCAAUCAGCCAUGUCUACGUCUAGUGGAAGUAAGACGGCUACGUCUGUUUCUUCAGGCUACAGACAUGGCCUAUCAUCUUCGGAUCUCGCCGGCGCCGGCGCCAGCAGCAGUCGCUCGAGUGGCGUGGAUAUGACGGACGAGUAUGGCGUUGGACAGGCUGGCAAAGACGGUAACAGCCUUCGACCUUUGCCAGAGUCCAGCAGUGAGGAUGUCUUGAUGGAUGCUAAGCCGAGCCAGAAAUGGCGGUGAACGGGGAAAGAUAAGGGUUGUUAUCAAUCAAAAAAGGGGGGGCAGGGGGUCCUGGACCACAUGUCUCAUCAAAUCAUUCAUUGUAGCUUUAAAACAGAGUCAGUCACCAUAUCUCAAGGGUCAAAAGUGGGUUGCAUAUCAUAUCGUCUUGA